AUGGCAAUUGGAAGCAUUCCCAAGAAUGCCAAGUUGGCAACUCUCAUAAACUACCGCGUCAGGGUUACUUCGCUAGACUCCAGACAGUUUAUUGGUCAGUUAGUUUCGUUUGAUAAACAUAUGAACCUGGUGCUAUCUGAAUGUGAAGAGUUUAGACUCACGAAGAAAUCGCUUGGAGAGCUAAAGAAACUGCACAAAGAAGGCAAGAUUGUCGAUGAGACUGAGGCAAUCCAGGAAGAGAAGAGAGCUCUUGGAUUGAUCAUUUUGAGAGGUGAGCAGAUAGUUUCCGUUGUUGUGGAAAGUGCACCCACAGCCAGUGCAUUGGACCCCAGCGUUCGCGUUAAAAGUCUUAAGAAGGGCAAAGGAGUGGCCGUUCCCUUGAAGACAGAUUCAGUGGGGGCCUCCAGUAGCUUAUCUGCACCCAUAAGAACAAAUUUGGCUGGUUCAAGGGUGAGCAAACCGACGAGGGGUGGGUUCAGGAAGAUUUAA